AUGGCAUUUCAAUUGCCUCGUGAUGAAGCACACCAACGAGCCGUUGCACAUGUGGCGGCAAAAGUCCGCACGUUCUACGACAACAAAACUGCCUUCCGAAUCUAUCAUGGCUCUACAAAUAGCACCAGGAAGUCUUCCCGAAAUCAUGAUAAUAUCAUUGACAUCAGUCCUCUGAAUCGGGUUCUUGGCGUCGAAGUCUCCAGAGACUCCAAAAUUGCAUUCGUUGGGCCAAAUGUGCCAAUGGACAAACUGGUCGCGGAAACACUCAAAAUGGGCCUGAUACCUCCUGUGGUGAUGGAGUUUCCGGGUAUCACAGCAGGAGGUGGUUUCGCUGGAACAAGUGGGGAAAGCAGCUCUUUUCGACACGGAUUAUUUGAUCGAACGGUGGUCGCCAUUGAAAUCGUGUUGGGCAACGGCGAUGUUGUAAUCGCAUCACCCGAUGAUCCAUCGACCGUGGAGCUGUUUCAUGCUGCUGCUGCAUCUUUCGGAACAAUGGGUGUGGUCACACUUCUAGCACUGGAGCUUAUCGAUGCCAAACCAUUUGUCGAGCUCAUAUAUGAACGGAUAACUGGGGUCGAUGACGCUGUCGUACGAAUUAAGGAGCUUUCCGAAGGAGAUACAUUGGACUACCUUGACGGGAUUCUGUUCGCCCGAGAUCGUGGUGUACUGUGUUGCGGCAAGCUGGUUGAUAUUGUUCCCUCGCAUUGCAAGCUACGCACUUUCUCCAGACCUUGGGACGACUGGUUCUACAUCAAUGCAGAACGACUUCUUGAGCAGCAAGAGCAGUGCGUCUGGACCGAAUAUGUGCCUAUCCAGGACUAUCUGUUUCGAUACGAACGAGGUGCAUUCUGGAUCAGCAAGUACACAUACAAGUACUUCGCUGUGCCCCUGAAUCGCUUCACCAGAUGGCUUCUAGACACUUAUACGCAUACUCGAAUCAUGUACAGUGCACUACAUCACAGUGGUCUCUCGUCCACGUAUGUCAUCCAAGAUGUCUCCGUGCCUCUUGACAGCGCUUCGAAGCUUGUGUCUUAUCUUGACGAAAACUUCAGAAACUACCCUCUCUGGCUAUGUCCCAUAAGACUUCGCGGCAAAUCAGCAAACUCGGCAUAUGGUCUUCUGGCAGACCCUCCCUCGCCACCAGAAAUGAUGCUGAACUUUGGUGUAUGGGGUCCAGGGCCACCAAAAUACGAAGAUGCCGUCGCUUGGAAUCGGGCGUUCGAGGCUGAGAUCCAUACUCUUGGUGGUCAGAAAUGGCUCUAUGCCCAAACAUACUAUACAGAGCAGGAAUUCUGGAACAGCUAUGGCGAUCGAAAGCGGUACGAUAUGACCAGACAGAAGUAUCAUGCAACUUCCUUGCCGAGCAUUUACGAGAAAGUGAAGGCUUGCGAAUCCAGUGCUGCAAGCAAUGUCCGUGAUCGAAGCUUGUGGAACCAGUUGGUUGAAAUGCUUUGGAGUGUAUGGCCACUGGCUGGAUUAUACGGAUGGCUGAUGUGUAUCAUCGGUUCAGAGUACUUGCUGCCUCGGAGGCCGCCCUUCGUGAGUACUCUGCAGCCAGCACAAUCGAAGGGAGAGAUUGGAAGUCGCACGGAGAAGAAUAUUACUAUAGACUAG